ACUGGUCUCAAAUUUGAAUGAGUGUCAUUAGAAUGAAAUUGGAACUUAGAUCUAAAUUCAACAAAAAAGAGAAGAAAUGCAAGUUUAAAAAGACUGAAAAGGAAAAAAACCUUUGAAAGAAGACUGAAAUAGGCUAAAGAUCAAGUCAAAAAUGGUUAUAAUGGCAGCAGAAAAGAGUAGAGAAGUGAGAAAAAGUAGAAAAGAGAACAGUACAGCAGGAUCUUCAAUGAUUAAUUUUCAGGUGAUGAACAGAGAUACUGCUUUCUUGCUGAGUGGUUUGAUCCAGUAACAUGUUACUUAAAAAGAUUCCGUCUUGUAGUUUUUCCAAAGGAUGAAAGUGUUGAAAUGUAUGAUAUAGAGAAACGUCGCAUAUUUUUAAAAAGAACCAAGUGUAGUAACAUAAUUCCAGAAAAUUGGAGUGUUGGCAGUUGUGUCAAUAUUUUAUCUCGUCACUUAAAACUGAUUGACUAUGGAGACAGCCCAACCAGACAGAAAUUUCAGUCUACAGAAAGUGUAUUAGUUGUCAUCACGAAUGCUGGUUUUUCCAAACUUGGAUUACCUAUUGAUACAUUCCCAAAAAAUGGUCUUCAAAUAAUAAAAGCCAAAAUGAUGUCAGUUUGUCCUGAAAAGGCAGCUGUUUUUUGUAGUAGUCAUGAAAAAUGUACUGUGGAAGAUGUGUGUACUGGAAAUGUUCUAGUUAUGCAAAUAAGAGGUGAAGAUGCAGUUACUAAGUGGCAAAAUUUAUUUAAGAGUUACCCAGAAGAGCUUCAGAAUACUUGCUAUGGGUCACAUUCUCCUGCAGUGGUCAGUAAGGAGCUAGAAUUGUUCUUCCCUAGUACAGAGAAAACUCAUCACUGUUCUACUGCCACCUUUAAAGACUGCACAUGUUGUAUUAUCAAACCUCAUGCUGUACAAGAAGGGAAAGCAGGCCAUAUUAUCCAAAGCAUUAUUGAUAGUGGUUUUACAAUAUCAGCUUUAGAAAUGUUUAAUUUGAGUAAAAAAGCUGCUCAAGAAUUCUAUGAAGUUUAUGCAGGUGUGUUGGCUGAAUAUUUGGACAUGGUCUCCCAACUGAUUUCUGGUCCAUGUAUUGUUAUGGAAAUCAUUAGCAAACAGGGACCAGACACUCCAAAACUGUUUUGGGAACUAGUAGGCCCACAUGAUCCAGAAAUUGCUCGUUUACUUCGUCCUCACACUUUGCGAGCCAAAUUUGGAACUGACAAAGUGAAAAAUUCUGUACAUUGUACAGAUUUACCAGAAGAUGGAAUAUUAGAGGUUGAAUACUUCUUCAAAGUUCUUGUUCAAGAGCAAAACUAGUUAAUAUUUGUCUUUUGUAGCUACACUAAAGAAUUUCUUUUUUUUAUUACUUAAAACCCACUUUUAUAUAAAAUUCUUCAUGAUCACAUAACUUUUUCCAAUGCAGACCAGAUAAAGAUCCUCCUCAAAGUUUUUCUUAGUUAUAUAGCAGCUUUGUACUAUAUUGUAUAAUGUAUUCCUUUGUAUUACACUUGCUGUAUCUUUAUAUAAAAAAUGUUAUACAUAAAAUUUGAAUUAUUUCCUUAUUA